UGGCGACUGCGGCUGCGCGGGAGAUUCGAAUUGGCGGCGGCUCCUCGCUGGCAGCGUAGGUGGGGCUGCUGCUGGCUCGCGUCCUCUAGCCAUGGAUAACCCGGAAAAUGUUUUUCAAAUGUUUGAAGCCCAUAUGCAGAGCUACAAGGGCGAUGACCCGCUUGGUGAAUGGGAAAGUUACAUGCGAUGGGUAGAAGAGAAUUUUCCUGAGAAUAAAGAAUAUUUGACAACUUUAUUAGAGCAUCUAAUGAAGGAAUUUUUAGAUAAGAAGAGAUACCACAAUGACCCAAGGUUCAUCAAUUAUUGUUUAAAAUUUGCUGAGUGCAACAGUGACCUUCAUCAGUUUUUUGAGUUUCUGUACAACCAUGGGAUUGGGACCCUGUCAGCUCCUCUGUACGUAGCCUGGGCUGGGCAUCUGGAAGGCCAGGGGGAACGGCAGCACGCCAGUGCCAUUUUUCGGAGAGGAAUUCAGAACCAGGCCGAACCUAGAGAGCUGCUGCAGCAACAGUACAGGUUGUUUCAGACACGCCUCAACGAAACUCAUUUGCCAACUCAAGCAAGAACCUCAGAACCUCUGCAUAAUGCUCAGAUUGUAAACCAACUGGUAACAUCAAAAUCCAAUCCAGGAAAUAACUCAGGCUGCAUUUCUAAGAAUCAGGGUUCAGAACUUUCUGGAGUAACAUCUGCAGCUUGUGAUAAAGAGUUGAAUAUGGAACAAAGGGUGAUCAUGAUUUCUAAAUCAGGAUAUUCUGCGCACCCACCUGUGGCAGCCAAAGCUGAUGUUCAGCAGGUUGUCAUGUAUUGCAAGGAGAAGCUUAUUCGUGGAGAGUCAGAGUUUUCCUUUGAAGAGCUGAGAGCCCAGAAAUACAAUCAACGGAGAAAGCAUGAACAAUGGGUUAAUGAAGACAGGCAUUAUAUGAAAAGGAAAGAAGCAAAUGCUUUUGAAGAACAACUAUUAAAACAGAAAAUGGAUGAGCUUCAUAAGAAGUUGCACCAAGUGGUGGAGACAUCACACGAGAACCUGCCCUCUUCCCAGGGGAGGUCUGAGGUCAGUCCAGCAGGUAUGGGGCCACCCACGGGCUCCCCGCAGGAACUGGGAGCUCCGAGUCUUCCAGCUGUCCAUCAGACCUCAGAGAAUGCAGGAGAGAAACCCGGAGAGGCAUCUGUUGUUCCUCUUCUGGCAAAUGCUGUCACUGCUGCUUUGGUGUCCCCAGCCGUCACCCAGAGUGUAGCUCCCCAGGUUCCUCUGGCAGCCCAGCCAGUGACAGAUGCCAUGUUUACAGUGGCCAGCAAAGAUGCCAGGUGUAUGAAUAAAAGUACUCAUGAAUUCAAGCCACAUAGUGGAGCAGAGAUAAAAGAAGGGUGUGAAACACAGAAGGUUGUUAACACAAGUUCUUUUCACACAACUCCUAACACAUCACUGGGACUGGUUCAGGCAACACCAUCCAAAGUGCAGCCGUCACCCACCGUGCACACAAAAGAAGCAUUAGGUUUCAUCAUGAAUAUGUUUCAGGCUCCUACACUUCCUGAUGUUUCUGAUGACAAAGAUGAAUGGCCAUCUCUAGGUCAAAAUGAAGAUGCAUUUGAAGCCCAGUUUCAAAAAAAUGCAACAUCUUCUGGGGCUUGGGGAGUCAAUAAGAUUAUCUCUUCUCUGUCAACUGCUUUUCCCGUGUUCGAAGAUGGAAACAAAGAAAAUUAUGGAUUACCACAGCCUAAAAAUAAGCCCACAGGAGCCAGGACCUUUGGAGAACGCUCGAUGUGGAGGUUCCCUUCAAAACCAAAUGAAGUACCUCACACUGACGAGUUUUUGGAUGAUUCAACCGUGUGGGGUGUCCGCUGCAACAAAACCCUGGCGCCCAGUCCCAAGAGCCCGGGAGACUUUACGUCUGCUGCACAGCUGGCAUCUACGCCCUUCCACAGACUUCCGGUGGAUUCAGUGCACCCUCUAGAAGAUAAAGAAAAUGUGGUAGCAGAACAGUACACCCAUGUGACUUUGGAUUCUUGUGAAAGAAACAAGAUGGAACCCUUGAAAGAGAGAAAGUUCAGUCCAAUUGAAGAGAAAAGCCCAGAACCAGCGUUCCCCACAGAUGUCUCUUCAGCAUCCUUGCUCCGUCUGAGCCAACCUGCUGCAGCUGUGCUGACCAGCGAGGCAGAGCGGGGCCUCAAGGCCUGUAAACUCACAGACCCUGACUUUGCCCCUGCAGAGGAUCCAGCAGACGCCAAUGCCAGGUUCCAGGCAGAACCAAUGCAGACUGGCUUGCUUGGGAAUAUCGACGCUCCAGACUUCCCUGUUGAGAAUCCCUGGGAUGAUGAGUUGAUUGUCAAACUUUUAUCCGGACUUUCUAAACCAGUGAGUUCCUAUCCAAAUACUUACGAAUGGCAAUGUAAACUUCCAGCCAUCAAGCCCAAGACUGAAUUUCAACUGGGUUCUUUGCUGGUCUAUGUUGAUCACCUUCUUGGAGAAGGGGCUUUUGCCCACGUCUAUGAAGUUACCCACGGAGACGUGAACGAUAGCAAAAAAAAGCAGAAAUUUGUUUUGAAGGUCCAGAAGCCCGCCAACCCCUGGGAAUUCUAUAUCGGGACCCAGCUGAUGGAGAGACUAAAGCCAAGCAUGCGACACAUGUUUAUCAAAUUCUAUUCUGCCCACCUGUUCCAGAAUGGCAGUGUGUUAGUAGGAGAUCUCUACAGCUAUGGGACAUUACUAAAUGCCAUUAACCUCUACAAAAAUACCCCUGAAAAAGUGAUGCCUCAAGCUCUAGUCCUCGCUUUUGCUAUCAGAGUGCUGUGCAUGAUUGAACAAGUCCAUGACUGCGAAAUCAUCCACGGAGACAUCAAGCCAGACAAUUUCAUACUUGGAAACAGAUUUUUGGAACAGGACAGUGAAGAUGAUGAUUUAUCUGCUGGCUUGGCACUGAUCGACCUGGGUCAGAGUAUAGACAUGAAACUUUUUCCAAAAGGAACCGCAUUUACGGCAAAGUGUGAAACAUCUGGUUUCCAGUGUAUUGAGAUGCUCAGUAACAAGCCCUGGAACUACCAGAUUGAUUACUUUGGAGUUGCUGCAACAGUGUACUGCAUGCUUUUUGGCACUUACAUGAAAGUGAAAAAUGAAGGGGGAGUCUGGAAGCCUGAAGGUCUUUUUAGAAGGCUUCCUCACCUGGAUAUGUGGAAUGAAUUUUUUCACAUAAUGUUGAAUAUACCAGAUUGUCAUCAUCUUCCAUCUUUGGAUUUGUUAAGGCAGAAGCUGAAGAAAGUAUUUCAAGAACACUAUACAAACAAGAUUAAGACCCUUCGUAAUAGGCUAAUUGUACUGCUCUUAGAAUAUAAGCGUUCUCGAAAAUAAAAUAUGGACACUCCCUAAAAA